UCUUCUGAAUCAUGAGUACAAGUCACGAGUGUCAUUAUUAUUUUUUGCCGACAACGGAUGAGCUGGUUAUUUCCCAAAGAGAGCAACCUUGCCAAGCAGCCAUUCAUGCAGAUUGAUCAUAAUCCUGUGCAAGCAACAACACAACAUAUAUACCUACAUACGUCAAACAGCCUACUUGUGAUAUCCCUUCAAAAGAAAGAAGAAUCCCACCCAUCAAUUACUAAAGCAUAACCAUGGUGCUAUUCGAGUCCAUCUUCGCCAGCCUGGAGGCAGAAGAGACCUUUCACCAUCAGUUGGUCAUGGGAGUGUUCUACAUCUGCCCAGUGAUCUUUUUCGUGCUGCAUUAUGUGAUUGCGGCUCCCUGGGGCAAGACCUUCCAGACCUUGUUGGGUCCUACUAUUCCGGCACCCAUUGGUUGGUGUCUCUUUGAAAUUCCCAAUCUCCUUUGGGCCGGGUUGUGCUGCUACGAUGCUUUCUCCCGCGACAAGUUGACCACGGCCAACUGCAGCUUGCUGGCACUCUUUGUGGGACAUUACAUCAAUCGAGCCUUGAUUUAUCCCCUACAACUCAAUGCCCACAGCAAACCCUUACCAAUAGAAGUGGUCCUGAUAGCUCAUUUCUUCACUCAAAUCAAUGGCUACAUUCAAUCCAGAGCCAUUUUGCAGUUUCAGACGUAUCCCGACAAUUACCUGCAACACCCACAAUUCUGGACUGGAGUUGUACUCUUUCUCCUGGGGGUGGCCAUCAAUUGGCAAUCUGAUCAUAUUCUCCGAAACUUGCGCAAGCCGCCGCCAACCCCAACAACUUCCACUGCUACUACUGCUACUCAACAAACCAAGAGCCACUAUGUGAUUCCCCACGGAGGCUUCUUUCGCUACGUUUCGGCACCGCAUUAUAUGGGAGAAAUCCUCGAAUGGACCGGGUUUGCCAUUGCCACUCAAUCCUUGGCCGCCUGGAGCUUUGUACUCUUUACAUUGAUCAAUCUGGUACCCCGCGGAGUGGCGCAUCAUCAAUGGUACUUGCAGAAUUUCAAGGACUAUCCUUUGGAACGAAAAGCCGUCAUUCCGUUUGUCUGGUAAUACCAAAUUAUAUAAUUAUGUAUGUCUAAUAGCAGCAACGAAUCGAAUGGUAAUUCUAUCUAUCUAUCAAUCUACAGGAUCCAUGCCAUGACGAAGCAGGAAUCUGCAUUAUGAUUAGAGGGCAAUUGACUCCAAAUAACUGAGGUACCGUAGCCUUGGUGUGCA